AUGAAAACAAAUUGGGAUUCCGAACUGCCAACAGAAAUCUCUAAGAAGUUCAAAAGGUGGAGAAAUCAGUUGAGUCUACUUAGGAAAAUUGCUAUCCCUAGUUGUUUAAUAAAAGAUCCUGAUAAUGCUGACAGUUUAAGUAUACACGUGUUUUGUGACGCAAGCAAAACAGCUUAUGUUACCUGCAUAUAUUUAAGGAGUGCAAGUAAGAACUUGACUUCAUGUCAGUUGGUUCAAGCACGGAGUAAGGUAGCUCCGCUGAAGGCUAUUACAAUUUCUAGGCUAGAGCUGUUUGCUUGCUCUAUUGGUACCAGACUGGUGCAAAGAGUUAUUGAAGAUUUAAAAUUAGGAAAUAUCCCAAUUUUCUUUUGGACUGACUCUAAUAACGCCUUGUGUUGGAUAAAAGGUAGCGAAAACUGGACACCAUUUGUAUAUAACAGGAUACGAGAAAUUAGAUUGGCGAGUAAACCCGAAAAUUGGCAUUAUGUAUCUGGAUCGAUCAAUCCAGCGGAUCUACCAUCCAGAGGUUGUUCCGUUCGACAGCUCUCGGAGACAGAGUGGUGGCAUGGUCCUCCUUGGCUCUAUUACCCAUCUGAUAAAUGGUCUAGAUCUGAAUUCUCCGUAAAUGAAGAAGUGUUGAAGGAAAAGAGAAAGGAAAUAGUAUCAUCUAUGGUGAACCUUAAAAAAACUGACAAUUCCUUUAUUUACAAGUUUUCGAACUAUCACAAGACUGUAAGAAUCGUUGCCUGGAUACUUCGAUUUAUAAAUAACAGUCGUAUUUCUAGGGAUGAUCGAAAAUAUGGAAUUCUUGAUUCUGAGGAAAUUUCUGUAGCUGAAUAUGCAGUUAUCAGAAUAAUACAGAAGGAAAGCUUCGUUAAUGAAGAAGAUGAAAAGUAG